AUGUCUUGGCUCGCCGGGAUCUCCCUUGAAAGUGCUGAAAAUGAUAACCUUGGUGUCGACUGGGUCCUGCAAUAUGAAUUCGGUGACUUAGAGCAAUCGCAGGCCAUCGCUGAGUUUCGCACUCUCAUGGCCGAUCUGACUGAAGCUGGUCUUCGUGUUCAAAUCCGUCAUGGCCAUGGAAAAGCCCUCCUCGUCUGCAUUCGUGUCCCGAGGGACCACCUCGGCACAAUGGUGCAGCAGUCAAGAGUCAAAGAUUGGAUGUACGCCAUUACCCACAAACUUCCGUCAGCCACAGAAACUUCCGCAACCGCCGAAACCCCCGCCGAAGAAAUCCGCUCCAUAUACCACGCCGUCACUUGGUCCAAAGAGUUGGGCGGCGCUGGAAUCACACCCGAAUUCGGCAAAUGGGAACGCAUCACCGCGUCAUUCCCGCUACACGAUAAGGACGCCUGCACAGAGUUGUUGAGGGCGUGGAGUAGGAAGACCGUCCUCACAAUUCGGGAUCUGGAUACCAUCCGCGCGCUCUUUGGUGAGAAGGUCGCCUUCUAUUUCGCCUUCAUCCAAUGCUAUUCUAUUGCUUUGGUUAUACCUGCCGCGAUGGGCAUUGUGGGUUGGUUAUAUUUCGGUCCUUAUUCGAUCAUCUAUGGGUCUGCGCUAUGUGUGUGGUGCAUCUGUUUUGUCGAGUACUGGAAAGUCCGCGAAUUCGACCUCGCACAUCGGUGGGGGGUGCGCGGUGUGGGUGUCCUCAAGGUGAAUCGCCCGCAGUAUAAAUGGGAGAAGGAGAUCAAGGAUCCGAUUACUGGCCAAGUAACGCGUGUCUUCCCUGGAUGGAAGCAGUUUCUUCGUCAACUUUUGCUAAUCCCGUUUGCCUCGGUCGCGGCGGUUGCGCUGGGAAGCUUGAUUGUCGUGACUUUUGCUUCGGAGGUGUUCAUCUCUGAGGUCUACGAUGGGAAAUUCCAGGGUUAUCUAGAAUUCGCGCCUACGAUUAUUUUCUCGCUAUCGCUGCCAUUUAUCACUUCGCUGCUGACGAGCAUUGCGACCCGCUUGACGGAGUACGAGAACUACCGCACGAGAGAUCUUUAUGAUCUGGCCCAGACGCAGAAGACUUUCGUCAUGAACUUUAUCACUUCGUUCCUGCCGACUAUCCUCACAGCCUACGUCUAUGUUCCAUUCGGAAAGACAAUCGUACCCCAUCUCGACAUCAUCAAGCGAGCGGGUUUGAAUAUUGAGAUGGCGCACAAAGACUUCCAAGUUGAUGGGUCUCGCUUCCAGCAAGAGGUCAUCUACCUGUCAAUGACAGCACAGAUCUUCAGUUUCUGUGAGGAGAUUAUCCUCCCAUACGUCAAACAGAAGCUCUACCAAAAGUGGCGCAAUUACCAAGAUCGCAAGGCUGGCUUGACUCGCCAGCGCAACUCCAUUUUGCAACGACUCCGCGAAGAGGCCGACUCGGAUGGCUACGAGGUCGAGGAAGACAUCCUGGAGAUGUGCGUUCAAUUCGGAUAUCUCGCGCUAUUCGGCGUUGCCUGGCCACUUGUCCCACUCGGUUUCUUGCUGAACAAUUGGCUCGAACUACGCGGUGACUUUUUCAAACUCGCCCGCGAAAACCAACGACCACCACCUAUCCGCGCGGACUCAAUCGGUCCAUCUCUGCUGGGGCUGGAUUUCCUGGCUUGGAUGGGAACGAUCUCCACUGCGGCUAUUGUCCACAUUUACCGCGGUAACAUGGAAGAGGUCCACCUCUCCUCUCUUCUUCUCACCGUCUUCAUCGCCGAACAGGCCUACCUAGGCAUCCGCUUUAUCGCCGCCACAGCCAUGCAGAAGAUCUUCGCGGAAACAUUGUACCAAGAAGAAAUCUGCCGCCACGCCGUGCGGAAGGAUUUCUACGAAAUGAGUGCGGGCAUUGCGUCGGGUCGUGCGGGUUCACCGGGUGAUUCGCCCGGCCGUGUGCGACAACGUGUUCGCUUCCAUGAGCGUGUUAACGUUUACGAGUCUGGGACUGAUACGGGGCAUUCGGAUGGGUCUCCUUCUCCGACGACGGAGAAGGUCCAGGAUGAUGUUCUCAAGGGGUCGGAUCGGGAGGCGGCGUUCUGGAAUGCCCAUUCUUACGACACGGCUGAUGCGGGUGCGAAACUUAUUCGGGCGCUGAGUGAGAACCCCAUGGAGGAGAAGAGUGCGAAGAGGGCUUGA